AUACGAAAACAGGUGCAUUUUGUUUCAUUCGCUCCCGUGUGUUGGCUUUUUUGGGGAGGGCGCCCGAAAUCUUAUGUUGAAUUAAAGUUGUUUUUGGUUUUUUUCCUUUUAUUUCCUUUGUCACUUUUUUACGUUUCAUUUUCAGUUCGUUUCUGUUUGAGGUUUCCCGGAGGUGAAUAGCCGCGUGUAUUAAAAAACACUGUGGGAAUGCCCGUGACAUCAGAUGCCAAACGGGCCCUUGCUCUUCUUGAGCGAGUCCAACAAAGGGUUGCAACCAACGAUGAAGGAAACGGUGUGGCCUCUCAGGUUCAAGCAGACUUGGAUCUUCUCACCAGCCUUUUACAGAAUCCUGUACUGAGGAACAUUUUAAAGUUGGAAGAUUCUCUUGAGGAAUUGAACCAACAUCUUGUGCAUCAUCCGUCUCUUCUGCCCAGUGACUUUGAUAUCGACAAGACAGGCACCCUUGUUGUCAACCAAAACAUCCUCCAAACUCACCGUAGGAUCUCGUCUAAAACAAAAGGAGGAAAGUCAAGCCCUGCUCUCAGUAAUGCCAGUUCAUCCAAGCAGUCAACAGUAUCGCCAGAAACCCACAAAAGAGAAGUGGAUAAAACCGCGGCCGAGUUUCAACAGUCUAUUCUGCAAGCGGCCGCAAAGAGAGAAAUCAUCGCAAUUCAGCUGAACAAGCCGGAAGGACAAAGCCUUGGAUUCAGCGUCGUCGGAUUGAGAUCAGACCACAAAGGAGAUUUGGGCAUCUUCGUUCAAGAGAUACAACCCACCGGAAUCGCUGGAAGAGAUGGUAGACUGGCCGAAGGCGAUCAAAUUCUGGCGAUCGACGGACAAGUGCUGGAAGCGGCCAUCUCGCACCAGGCGGCCAUUGGGAUCUUGCAACGGGCUCGCGGCGUCGUCGACCUGUUAGUGGCUCGCGGCGUCAACCCCGAAGUGCCGCACAUCCCGCUCAUCGGCCUACAACAGCAACAACCUCAGCAGCAGCAGCAACAGCAGCCUUCGUCCAUUAUUGAAUUUGCUCAGCAGCAGCAGCAACUGUUGCAACAACAGCAGCCACGACAAGACGAUAAAGAAGAAGAAGAAGAAAGUGAUCAGCCAUCGAAGAAGAAAGAGCAGCUGUCGCCGGACAGCACCAGCACGCGCAGCCGGAGUAGUCAGAGCAGCCAGCGCAGCGCCUCGUCUUCUUCGCGAUCCGCUUCCCCUCAGCAACAACCGGCCGCCGUGACGACAGACCCAAACAAGAACGUCGUCGACGUCGUCGAGAUCAUCGCAUCGACUCAUCUAGCGGCCACUUUGCUCGGCCGUUCACCAUCCGCCUUGAGUGACGCAUCCAAGACUGGAGGCGAUAUGGUGUUGAACACGGAAUGGGCCCAGGUGGAAGUGGUCGAUCUAAUCAACGAUGGAUCCGGACUCGGUUUCGGCAUCAUCGGUGGCCGGAGUACAGGCGUUGUCGUCAAAACGAUCGUUCCCGGAGGAGUCUCGGAUCGAGAUGGACGUCUGCAGAGCGGAGAUCAUAUCCUUCAGAUUGGCGAAGUCAGUUUACGUGGAAUGGGAUCGGAGCAAGUGGCGGCCGUUUUGCGCCAGUCGGGCACUCAGGUCCGUUUGGUGGUUGCCCGGCCUAUUGAACCCUCAUCACCCGAUUAUCAGGGCAUGAGCAGCAGUGCGCCCAUCGUUCCCACCAAAGUGCUGGGCGAUCCCGAAGAGCUGGAAAGACAUCUGGCCAUGCAUCAGAACGGAGCGUUCCAGGUUGUCGAGCCGUUCAUUGCCAACGCCAGCGGUUUGGACGAGAACGCCGCUAUGCUGGCCAUCGAUGGAUUCGAUGACCGCUUCAUUUUCACACCGCCCACGCUCGAAUUGCAACACUCUGACGUCCAGCUCCAUGUGACGUCCAAUGCGCCUAGAGGCGAAGCUGUUAUCCAGUUCAGUGGGUCGCACAUGAGCGCGUCGACGACGGAAGACACUCUUGAAAUUGAUGCAGAGUCUUCGGAUGUUUGCCAAACGCUGGCCAUGCCCGCCGACAUCCACCUCGACUAUCUGCCCGAAGUGGAGAAUUUCGAGGUGCAGCUUAAAAAGGAUGCCCAGGGACUGGGCAUCACCAUUGCUGGAUACGUCUGCGAAAGAGAGGAGCUGUCCGGCAUUUUUGUCAAGAGCAUCAAUCCGGGCAGCGUUGCCGAUGUGUCUGGCCGAAUUCAGAUCAACGAUCAGAUCGUCGAGGUGGACGGCCAGUCUCUGAGAGGAUUCAAUAACCACCAGGCCGUUGAGGUGCUGCGCCGCACCGGCCAGAUUGUCAAUUUGACGCUGGCCCGCUACCUGCGCGGACCCAAGUACGAUCAGCUCCAGCAGGCCAUGGCGGAGAGCACGGUGGCGUCCGUCACGCCCACCGUUCCUUCCUAUCGGCCUCCAUCUCCGCCUCCGCCGUCGCCUCCGGCGGUGCCACGAUCUCCUCCGCCCGCUCUGCCUGUCGUCUUUCAAGAAGCCAAACCAGAUGUUCCUUCCGUCUUGCUGAACGGCCAGCAGGACGACGACGACGAUGAGCAGCAAGAAGAGCAGCUAAACGAAAGCGCCGAUAGUAUCGACGCCAGCCCUCGCCUACCCCAAGUGCCUGAACCCGAGUCUGACCAAUUGAUGGAUCUAGAUCGAUUCGACCCACUCGCCUCGCCAAGUAACGCUCUGGAUUAUUCAUCGCUGUCGCCGGAAGAGCUGGACAAGCUCAUCGAUCACGUCUACUCUGCCCAGCUCUCGCCGCAAUGCGAGGCCGCCAUUAUCGCCAAAUGGCGGUCGAUGGUGGAAGACGACGUGGACAUUGUCGUGGCGCAGUUGUCCAAGUUCCAGCCUUCCGGAGGACUGGGCAUCAGCCUGGAAGGCACGGUCGAUGUGGAGGAAGGCCGCGAAGUCCGACCGCAUCACUACAUCCGCUCGAUCCUGCCCGAAGGGCCGGUCGGCUCCAACGGCAUCUUGCACAGCGGCGACGAGCUGCUCGAGGUCAACGGGCGCAAGCUGCUCGGUCUCAGCCACGUCGAAGUGGUUUCCAUCCUGAAGGAUCUUCCGCAAUCGGUCCGCAUGGUCUGCGCCCGCCGCCAGACCCACCUGCUGCCCACCCAACUGCCUUCACGGCCAAUCGAUGCUACGCAAGAUCGAACGGCCUUCGCCUCCAGGAAUAUCUUGGGCGGAAGCCUGCAGAGUUUGAUUCCGCCCGGCGAUCGGUUGGUGAAAGCCAAAUCGGACGGUUCAUUGGCUUCGACGUCGGUCUCGCCGGCUGCGGACUCGCCGCUCUCAAAGAGCCAUCGAUCGCGCAGCUUGGAGCCGCUCAGUGGCCUCGCCACGUGGAGCUCCGAACCGCAGGUCAUCGAACUCGUCAAAGGCGAACGUGGACUAGGUUUCUCUAUUCUGGAUUAUCAGGAUCCGAUGAAUCCCAGCGAGACCAUCAUCGUCAUCCGCAGCCUGGUGCCGGGCGGAGUUGCACAGCAAGACGGACGGCUCAUCCCUGGGGAUCGGCUGCUCUUCGUCAACGAUAUCAACUUGGAGAACGCGUCGCUCGACGAAGCCGUUCAGGUCUUGAAAGGGGCACCUCGCGGGAUCGUUCACAUUGGCGUAGCCAAGCCGCAUCCCGUCUCGCUUAACGAGAGCGGCGCAUCCAGUGGCGGCGCAGGGGCUUCCGAGAUGCAGAGACACGAUAUCAACCGUUCUUCCAGUAGUAGGAGUAGUGAAAGUAGUUCUGGCAGCAGCAGCGAAGACGAGUACCUCUAUCAAGUGCAGGAUACUUCGAUUUCGAUGUUUCUUCCGCCGCCUCCAUUGCCGCAGACGGAGCCUCCUGAUACGGACUCGUCUGAAUCUGAAAUGCCUAAUCCGCUUUUAGUGAACGUGUCGACGGAACGAUCGUCAUCGCUGUCGGCUGCCGGAUCGGAUCGUUACCAUCCGGACGGUGGUGGGGUGGCGUCGGAGUUGGCGCCGCUUCCGUCUGCGCUAGAACGUACCGUCCGCAUCAAGAAAGGCGGCGAUCCGCUCGGCAUCAACGUCGAAGUGGUGGACGGAGGAGCCAGCGGAGUGCUGGUCACAUCGGUGGCCAAAGGCGGGGCCGUCCACCGCGACGGACGCAUCCGCACGGGCGAUUUCCUCGUCUCCGUCAACCACGAGACGAUGAGGUUCGCCACCAACGCUCAGGCGCGCGCCAUCUUGCGGCGUACGCAACUCGUCAGCACCGAUGUCAGUAUCGUCUACAUCCCUGCCGGUGAUGCUGCCAUCUACCGGCAAACUUCGCUGAUGACGCAGCUCGCACAAGACAUGGAUAAUAAUGCUUCUGUUGUCAAACCCUCUUCCUCUUCCUCCACCACCACUGUGACUAGGAUAUACCCCCAAUAUUAUCGCUCGCCUUCGGUGACGGUGCAGCCACGGCCCAUUUCGCCGCCGCUCGAGCCGCAAGUGCAAGACGUCGAAGCGAAGCCAGCAGAAGCGGACGGUGCAACGACGGCGGCCGGAGAACGUCAACAACAGGAAGUGGCGGCUAUGUCGAGUGUCUCGCCGCAGGUCCCAGCCGAACAGCAGCAACAACAACUCGAACAAGGAGAAAGUGUUGCAGCAGCAUCCGAACGAGCCGAAACGCCGCAGUUGCCUAUCGAUCCGUCAGUCCAGUCGGAACUGUCGUCUGCCACAAUCGCACAGCAGGUGGCGAAUUCUAGCGCUAGUCACAAAGGCAACGGCGCUGUGUCCGCAACGAACGGAACAAGCGGAAUGAUGGCCAUUUAUUCGCGUCAUUGGGGCCCCGAGCGCAGUGUCCAAAUUCUUCGGGAUCCCACCAAAAGUCUGGGCAUCAGCAUCGUCGGUGGCAAGGUGGAUGUGGCCUCGGGCAGUGGAGCACCCAUUACCGGUAUUUUCAUCAAGAAUGUCCUUCCUGAAAGUCCAGCCGGACGAACUGGACAGUUGCGGACUGGUGACCGGAUUUUAGACGUGGACGGUGAAGACUUGCGUGAAGCCAGUCACGAAAGAGCCGUCGAAGUCAUCCGCAAAGCUGGAAAUCGUGUCACUUUCCUCGUUCAAUCUCUGGUCGAUUUCGAACAAGAACAGAAUGGCCCAACCGGUUCUUUGGCACCGUCGGUGGCCUCUCGUUACCAGUCGGAGGGAGCCGUUACGCCCGUUACGGACGCCGAGCACAUGACACCGUUGCCGUCUCUCCUCAAUGGCGACAUGAGCCAAACGAACACGAUAGAAUUGCCCAAGGUGGCGCCACACGUCAUCCAGCCCUGCGAGACGCCUGUGCCAGAAGUCAUCCAGACUGGAGUUGUAGAGAAACCGGUGGUCAAUCGCCAAAAGACGGAAGACGAUGAGAGUGAAGAUGACGAAGACGACAGUGGAGACCUUCAAGGACGGAUGUUUACUGCAGCCGGAACGGAGAUUGAACGAGCAAGUGCGGGCAACACGAAACUUACGGCCGCCGAAAAAGCAUCUGAUCCGGACCAGCCGGAUGAGUUUGGCUACACGCAGAAAAAAAUCCAUAAAAGAUGGGGGGACCUGCAGGGCGAAAUAGUUCGAGUCGAUCUGGAUCGUUCGGCGCCCAGCGGAAGCACAUUGUCGACGACCAGCCUCGGCCUGAGCUUGGCCGGACACAAGGAUCGUUCCGUCAUGGCCGUCUUCAUUUGCGGCCUCAAUCCGAGCGGCAUCGCCUUCAAAGACGGCCGUCUGCAGGUCGGCGACGAGCUGGUCGAGGUCAACGGCAACGUUUUGCACGGACGGUGUCACCUGAACGCCUCGGCCAUCAUCAAAUCCAUCGGCGGCGCUCGCGUCACCAUCAUCGUCUUGCGCAGGGAAGGAGCCCUGCAGGAAGUGGCCGUCCCGCCCAUCACGCGGUUCCCCAUCAGCCUGGAAGAGCAGCCGCCCGAGGAGCGCUACUCGCGUUUCAAAAACUUGCGCAUCAUCACUCUCAAAAAGGGCUCGGCUGGACUGGGCAUUAUGAUCAUCGAGGGCCGACACGCCGAUGUUGGCAGCGGCAUCUUCAUUUCGGAUAUUCAGCGGGAAAGCGUUGCCGAAGAAGCCGGACUUGCUGUCGGUGAUAUGAUCCUCUGCGUCAACAAGGACGAGCUGCUCGGCGCUGAUUACGAUACGGCGGCGUCGGUCCUCAAGAAAGCUGAGGGUAUCUUGACCAUCGUCGUCUCCAAUCCGAAAUCCAGCGAACCGGCCAAAAAGGAAGAGGCCAAGCCAAUUAAGGUGCCCGACGAGCCGCUACCCGAUCCGGCCAUCUGCGAAGUCAAGCCGGGCAAGGAGACGACCAUCGAAGUCAACAAGGAUAAAUUGGGACUCGGUCUGAGUAUCGUCGGUGGAUCCGACACCCUUUUGGGAGCCAUUCUGAUUCACGAAGUGUAUCCGGACGGAGCUGCGGCCAGGGACAAGCGGCUCAAGCCGGGCGAUCAGAUUUUGGAGGUGAACGGCGAAAGCUUCCGCAACAUCACCCACAGCCGGGCGUUGGCCGUGUUGCGCCAGACGCCGGCCAAAGUGCGCAUGAUGGUGUAUCGCGACGAGACGUCGCUCAAGGACGACGACAUGCUCGACAUCAUCGAAGUGGAGUUGCUGAAGAAACCGGGCCGCGGACUCGGUCUCAGCAUCGUCGGACGCCGCAACGGGCCCGGGGUUUACAUUUCUGAUGUGGUGAAAGGCGGAGCUGCAGAAGCUGAUGGCCGGCUAAUGCAAGGCGAUCAAAUCCUGACCGUCAAUGGCAACGAUUUGCGGACAGCGUCUCAGGAACAAGCGGCGGCCAUCCUGAAGACGGCCAUGGGUAAGAUUGAUUUGAAGGUAGGCCGUCUGAAAGCUGGAGCCGCUAGUCCCCGAUCAGCCACUUCCGCCGAAUCAAGUCCCGCCCCCUCUCACCUGCUGCCGCCAGCGCCACCUAUCCGUGAAGACAGUCUUCCCUUCAUGUUGAACCAUUCGAAUGGCUCGUCGGCCAACGACCCGCCAUUGAUACCGACGCCUACUACCCCUCCACCGCCGCCCUUACCUGCCGUGCCCGCGUUGCCCGUCCCGUUGCUGCAAAUGGACUCGCCCGUCGCUCCCCUAGCGGCAGCCGUUUCGACGGCGAUGACGCCAACCUCAUCGACGGCACCGCCCACCUUCACGCGCAUCGUCCUGGAACGCGGAGCCGACGGACUGGGAUUCAGCAUCGUCGGAGGACUGGGCAAUCCUCAGGGCGAUCUGCCCAUCUUCGUCAAAACGGUGUUCGAACGCGGAGCAGCGGCCCAGUCGAACCUGAGGCCGGGCGAUCAGAUCCACGCCGUUGAUUCGACGCUGCUCGACGGCAAGACCCACCAAGAGGCCGUUGCUCUGCUCAAGAACGCCAAGGGCACUGUCACUCUUACCAUCGUCUCUUGAGGUGUUUUUUUUUUUUUUUUUUUGAGAUUUCCUUCAUUUUAUUUUUUAAAAUCUGAAAACCUACGCACCGUUUUGAAUUUUUGUUCUCGUCAUUUUGAACUUCAGUCCCCGCUCAACGUCAUAUCAAACAGAAAGGGAAAACAAAACAAAAAAGAACAAAACGAACCACUUUGAAGACAAUGUUGAAUACGGUUGAUGGAGACCUUCCAUGAUCUUUAAUUCGUUCAAAUUAUUCACGGGCAACGUGGCACAUUUUUUUUUUUUUCUAAUUUCCAUCCUCCAUUCCCAUCAUUUUUUUCUUUGUUUUAUUUUGAACCUGCUGCAUCAGAAGUGGAUGAAUGCUAGGCGUUGGCGGUCGUGUUUCUUUUGUUUCUCAUUUCCUUUUGUCUUGAAAUUUUUUGGUUUUGCGAAAACAUGUCGACGAGUCUCGGCUGCCUCGUUCUUUUCAUUAAGAAAAACGAUACCCAUUCGGAAAUGUGCAUUUUCAAUUGUCAGUUGUGACGAAGAUUCAUGACCCCCCUACCCUUUCUCUUCCUUUUGUCUCAUCACACGGUUACUGCAACAAUAAGUGUGUGAGUGUGUAUGCGCGUGCGCGUGAGUUGGCAUCCCUCAUUUCAAUGAUGGCUCUUAUUUUUUGUCAUGUUUCUUAAUUGGGAUUCCCUUCCUUGUCCACCUGAUCGACCGUAGGUUGUUUUUUUUUGUUUUGUAUUUUAGACUUGCGAUGAAUCCAGUCGAUUCAAAUUGAGACAUUUGUGUUGUCGUUGUUAGACGGAGAUAAAAUAACAAGGAAAACAAAAGAAAAAUAUGUUGAAAGUCCUUGAAAUGAAACUAUGAUCAAGUUUAAGAGAGAUUUGAUAUUUUGAAAAAUACGCGGAGAAUAUGACGAAAAGCAUUUGUCUAUCAUAUGGACAAAUCUAUGCAAAAGUGCCCCCCCCCCUCUCUUCCUUGUUAUAAAGAUGUUCCCGUGUGUCUUUUAACUUUACCUUGCGUGUAUUGCUCCUUGAUGCUAUGAUACCCGCACUCUCUCCUCUUAAAAAAAAACAAAACAAAAGAACAAAAAAAAAAAAACAAAAAUCUUCCUCGUCUGCCUGUUUCACUCGUUUCCUGUUAACAUUUGUAAAACAAUUCAACCCUUGUUGUGUCUGGAUUUGUUCAUUCUUGAUCUGCCCUGCAGGUGACUCUGUCUCUCCCCAACGAUGGAGAAACCAUAACAAGGAAGACAACAUGUGUUGUAUGAUCCAAAAAUUGCGCUGCAAGUUUCGUUUUUUUGUGAAUCGAUUUCUCUCUUGCGUUUUUGUUGCAGCUCCGCAAAUUGGAUGAAUCGAAACCAUGACAAAAAUGAUUGCUUUAAACCACCAUUUUCCUGAUUAUACAUAAAUAUAUAUACCUAUGCUCUCGUUAUUUUGUCCUCCCAGUCUUUCCUCUCCUUUUUUUCUUCUAUCUCUUAUGAAUUGACCUAUUCAUUUGGUACCUUUAUCCAUUGACACUACCGUGCAUACUCACUGUAGCCUGUUAAAGAAAUAUAUUUGCAAUAACAAGA